CUAAAUACGCUUCCACCCGUCUUUCAAGACUCUGUCACGCUCUGUCAUCGACUCAGUAUCAAGGAUCUCUGGAUCGAUGCAUUAUGUUUGACUCAAGACGAUUCGGUUGACCGCGAAUCUGAGAUUGGAAGAAUGGGCAACAUUCACUGCCACACCUUCUGCAACUUUAGCGCCAUAGCCGCAGCCGAACUCUCGGUAGGACUGUUUGUGGACAAGGAUCCUUGGUUGCACACCGCGUUUCCUGUGAGCGCUGAGAGUGAGAAGCAACGUUUCGAGCUAUGCGGAUAUUCCUCGAGCUUUCUCAAAGAUAUCGAUCGUACUGCGCUUCAAAAGCGAGAUUGGGUCCUACAGGAACGACUGUUGAGUCCUCGGACCGUGUUCUUUGGCGACCAGCUUUCAUGGGGGUGUAUGGAGUCUCGUGCCAACGAAACCUUCCCGGGUGGCUUGCCUAGUUAUACACCUGGACCUGGAAACUUCAAUUCGUUCAAGCUCGACAACCUCUUCUACAGACUUUGGCGCACGGUCAUCAACAGGCACACUCAGUGUGAUCUGACUUUCGAAAAUGAUGUCUUCCCUGCUCUGUCAGGUCUCGCCAGAAUUUUCAAGGAAUUCCUAGAGGUUACAUAUCUCGUGGGGCUCUGGAAAGGUAGCUUGUACGCCAACUUGAUCUGGAAGAGAUCCUGCAACCCUUACUUGAAGUCAGGACGGGGGCCCGUGCAGACGGCGACGUACAGAGGUUUGCUGACAUGCACCGUUCAAGCAACAUAUGUAUGCUGA